UGCAUGGUACGAGCUUGGAAAGUUGGAAGUACAAAGGCCAAAAAAAAAUUUUCACAAAAAAUCUACUCAGGACAAACAUUUCGCAGAAAUAAAAAUAUACAUAAUAUUUAAUAAUAAAAAACUUGAAAAUGUAUACAGAACUUAUCACAGUAAACUUUACGAUAGACAUCACGACAGUUGCACCUGCUGGCGCCGGAUCAUCUGCUCUCGGAUACGUAGCCGUCCUCGUAGCUGUCUUGUUUUUUGGAAGCAACUUUUUGCCAGUUAAGAAGUUCUACUCAGGGAAUGGAAUAUUCUUCCAGUGGGUGCUCUGUUCCGGGGUAUGGUCGACAGGUGUGGUGUGUUUCGCCAUCAGGGGCUUCCCAGCUUACAGACCCCUCUCCAUGAUUGGUGGGUGGCUCUGGUGCACGGGUAACAUGAUGACGGUUCCAAUCAUUAACGGGAUUGGGUUGGCCAAGGGCUUGCUGGUCUGGGGAGCUUUCAAUCUUCUCACCGGUUGGGCUAGUUCGAGGUUUGUCUGUCUAUCUGUCUGUUUGUCUGUCUAUUUGUCUGUCUGUUUGUCUGUCUGUACGUAUAAUUUUCUGUAUAUUCAUAUUUUAUUCAUAGUUAGAUUGAGUUUAAGAUGUAGUUUAUUAAACAUUUGCUUUUUAACAUACUAUUAUACGAGUGGGACUGAGAAACCGGAUGUGAAACCGGACGGGAAGGAUAAAGAUGGGAAUGAAAUUGACAUGGCGAGGAGUGCUGAUCCAGAACACGCUACUGAUCAUCCAGAUGCAUUCACUUCCGUUAGUAGUAGUAGUAGUUGUUGUUAUAGAUGUUGUUGCUGUUGUAUUUUAUGCACGGGUAUGGCAGUGCUGGCCGGCGUUUUCUACGGCCUCACAUUCAUUCCUACAGUCUACCUCAAGAAUCGCUUUUCAGAUUAUAGUCAGAAUGGACUUGACUACGUAUUCCCACACUACUGUGGCAUCUACUGUGCGAGCACCGUCUACUUCCUGAUCUACUGCGCAAUUGCCAAGAACACUCCCGUCGUUUAUUCCAACAUUAUCCUGCCCGGAUUUGUAGCCGGAUUGAUGUGGGGGAUCGCCAACAUCGCCUGGUUCAUCGCCAACGAUUCGCUAUCGGAGUCCAUCAGCUUCCCCAUCAUAACUACGCUCCCUGGCAUAAUUGGAACGAUUUGGGGUUUGCUAUUCAGAGAGAUUAAGGGCUGGAAGAACUAUCUUGUUCUCGGCAUUGCAAUUUCUAUUGGGAUCGUCGGCUCAAUAUUAACUGGAUUGUCGAAAUAGAAAAAAUUUUUUUUCAAAUAAAAUGAAGAUAAAUAGACAGUUUAUUAAGUAAAUUAAUUCUAAUUUAUUGUGUUUCUUUUGUUGUUGUUUUUUUAGAAUUUUUCAAAAAUCAUUAAAAAUUGUGAUUAUUGCAUCGAUGGAGACAUAAUUUUUUAAUUUUAACAUCUUGUACUGAUACAACAAAGACCUUAUUAACGAAAUCGUAAUCAUGAACUUUAUAUUUGAUUUCAUCUUUUGAAAUUUAACGAUUGAAUCAUUGUUUCAGUAUGUUAUUAAUUUAUUAUUUUAUUCAUUUAAAGUAUUGUUAAUUCGUUCGUUCAUUCAUUCGUUCGUCAAUUCGUUCAUUCAACAACUUAUUCGUUCGUUCAUUCAUUCAUUCAUUCGUUCAUUCGUUUCAUUCAUUCGUUCGUUCGUUCAUUCAUUCACUUAUUCAUUCAUUUUUUUUUCGAGAUCAUUGAUUUGUUCUUUUAAUCUUUCAUAUUAUUUAGAUGGAUGAUUCACUUAUCAAUUAAGAACCGCGAUAGCAUGAAUAUGUUCUAUACAAGCAUGUAUUUCAUUAUAUUCCACGUUGUAUAGUUGUGUAAUCUUGUGGUGUGAUGGUUAAGAUACAUGGCAGUGAUGUUACAGAUACUGGAUUCGAACGCAAACAUAUCCCCGCUCGCCUUAUGUGAUGCUUAUUAUUUGAAUAUUACAGUAGGAAAAAUGAACCACCAGAAAUUAAAAUUACUAGCAAUGGAAAAAUAAUUAUAAUUAAAAAAUAAUACUGGUAAUAAUUCAUAUUUUUAUUAUUCAAUUAUGAAAGUAUUAUGGUAGUAACAUACUAUUGAAUUGAACUGACAUAUUGGGUUCAUGUCAAAGGUUAUCUAAUGCUAAAUGUUUAAUUCCUGCUCAAAAUGUUUUCUGAGUAUUUUAAGAUAAUUAUUGUUAUUAACAUUCCACGUAUAUGCAACAUACUACACACACACACAAACACACAUAACACAUUCAUACAUAACACACACAAACACACACACACAUAUAUAUACAUCAUGGGUUUUGUAUGUGAAUGACGCAUGGUGUAUUUAUUUAUUCUUCAAUGUCAUAUUAUGUAUUUGGUUAUUUGUAUUGUGGCCUUAUGUGACACUUAGUUUUAAUUAUUUGUUAUUCAUUUGUUUGUUCGUUCAUUCGUUCACCUUCAUUCAUUCAUUACUAAUAUUAUUUAUGUCUGUUUUUUGUUAUUUUUUUAACGUUUUGCAUAAUAAAUGAUAUUUAUGAUUAUUA